CCUGCUGGAACUGACAUGUGCCAGGUCCAUGCAUCUUUUGCUACAGGGCCCCGGCAAAAUGAUGGCACAUUUUAUGAAAUUCGUACCUAUGAUGUUAAGCCAUCAAAGAUGAAGGAGUUUGUGGAAUUGGUGAAUAAACAUAUCCACCUUCGUGCAGCUCAUUCAGAGAUGUUUGGAUUCUGGACUGUGGAGUUUGGGGGCAUGAAUAAAGCCAUCCAUAUUUGGAAGUUUGAUAAUUUUGCUCAGAGAGCAGAAGUCCGGAAAGCAGUAGCCAAUGAUAAAGAAUGGCAAGAAAAAUUCAUCUCUCCAGUUCUUCCCUUGUUGAAAAAACAGAAAAAUGAAAUUGUUUACUUGGUACCUUGGUGUGAGAUUGGGAAGCCUUCAAAGGAAGGGGGGGUGUACGAGAUGGUUACUUUUCAGAUGAAACCUGGUGGGCCAGUUCUGUGGGGCCAGUCGUUCAGAGCUGCAAUCAGUGCUCAUCUCAAUACAGGCUACACGAAGCUGAUUGGUGUUUUCCACACAGAAUACGGAUUACUUAACAGAGUUCAUGUGCUUUGGUGGAAUGAAAACCCUGACAGUCGUGCAGCAGGGAGACAUUAUGCUCACGAGGACGCCAGGGUGGUAGCAGCUGUGCGGGAGAGUGUUAGAUUCCUGGAGUCCCAGAAAAAUAUGCUCCUGAUUCCUUUGUCCUGUUCACCAUUGAAAUAGUUUUCUACCAACUGGUGUAAUGGCGGACAACACAUAACUUUCUUACAGCAUUUUUAUCUGGACUGUCGUAUGGGUCUCAAUAGCAAUAUAACUUAGCCAAAUACCCUUCAGUUUACAAGUAUGUGGAUGAAACCUGAACCCACAGGCUCAAUCUUAGCCCUAGUCCUUUGCACUCCAUGCCACCAUAAGAAUUCAGGGCCUGCCCACUAUGCCGUGAACUCUGCAAAUGCUUCUGAUUAGCCAUAAACUUCUCAGUUUAUUGCUUCUUGAAGAUGCAACUGGUACAAAAAGGCCUUUCCAGAGUUCACAGCUGUGCCUGUGCAAGGACAAUCAGAGAGCUGUUAUCUGUAUAAUGUGCUUUGCUACCUCCUCAGAAGGUCACAACUUCCCUGUUACUACUUGUUGCUCUAAGAACCAGGAACCCUGACCUAGGUUUUGCAUGCUGACUGUACACCUCACAGUGUGUUUGCUUGGCUUUAUUAUUCUGUAAGGUUGCAAUGAGGUUGGAAUAUGCACAGUAAAAUAGGUGAAGAUAGAGAGAACUCAGCUUAAGUAUCAGGAGUAUCUUUUUUUAUUUGAAUGACUUUAUUGCAAUGAAUUUAACUUUUAUUGCGAGUCCCUCUAUUCAAUUAUGACUGAGCAAACAGGAAGUGAGACGAUCACUUCUUCAUGCAAAUACUUGUUUGUUGUGCUGAAAUUGAUUAUGAAUGAACUGAUUAAUUCUGAAAGUUUCUUUAUGGAUUGUGUAUCAGAUUAACUGGCCUACUAAAGUACACGUGCCUACUCUUUUGGAAAAAGCUUUGUCAGACUGUAAAAGUUUAAAUCCAAAUAAAAACUUUGAUUAGUGUUCUGCAUCUUA